GUUUGAAGUUUUAGAAACCAACGGUGGUGAUUGCUUGAGCUCAGUCAGAGAGCUACUACUAUUCUUCAUCGCAAUUUCAAAACCCUCGGAGAAGUUUUAAUCAGAAAAAUGUCCGUCGAGGAAGACGCCACCGUUAGAGAGCCACUCGAUCUGAUUCGGCUGAGUAUCGAAGAGAGGAUCUAUGUCAAGCUCCGAUCUGACCGUGAACUCCGCGGCAAGCUUCACGCUUUUGAUCAGCAUUUGAAUAUGAUUCUGGGUGAUGUUGAAGAGGUUAUUACGACUGUAGAAAUUGACGACGAGACAUACGAAGAGAUUGUUCGGACAACGAAGCGAACGGUUCCGUUUCUAUUCGUGAGAGGAGAUGGAGUGAUAUUGGUGUCACCGCCUUUGAGGACAACGACUUAAAUGUUCUUGUGUACUGGGAUCUGUGUUAACAAAUCUGGAGCUGAGUAAAAGCACUUUUUUCUG